UGCUCCUGAGAUGCUGCUUGGCCUGCUGUGUUCAUCCAGCCUCACAUUUUAUCAUCUUGGAAUCUCCAGCAUCUGCAGUUCCCAUUAUCUCUGAUACUAUGUGUCAGUUCCUUGGCCACGUCCGCCCCGCAGGAGAACUUCCGCCCCGCAAGUCUGCGUCGGCGCGUUCGUCCACGUGACCGGGCCCGUUGCGGCGCCUGCAUCGGAAGCCGGGAGAAGAGGGCCGCGGUGUUGCUUUUGACUCUGCGGCUCAGCAGCGAUGGAUAUCGCGCACUUAAGGAGCGGGAGCUCGGUACUUAGCAACGUGGCAGAGGUGGUGGAGCGCAUCCUGACCUUUUUGCCAACAAAGUCUGUUCAGAGGAGUGCCAGGGUUUGCAGACUGUGGAGAGACUGUGCACGUAGGGUCAUUCGGACACGCCAAAGGCUGUCAUGGAUCUCUACAAGAGGCCAAUCUUACAUUGAUGAUGAUAGCCAUCAUUUCCUGGCGAAGAAAAUGCUUGUUGACCUGGAGGAAGUGUAUAUGCUGCCAGAGAUGGUACUUUACAUGGCUGGCACUGAUACUUUCAGCACACAGAGUUCUAACAGGCGGAAGAAAGAGAGAAGGGAUGGGUUGUCAAAGAGAAGCAAAGCGGCGGAAAUGGCAGCAAAAUUGGAAAAUCUUUUGCCUUCGGAGUGCAAAACUUUGGGUGUCAGUUCCCCUGGAAUUGUCUACACGCCUAUGGGAUGUGGCACACAGAGACCUCUUGAGAUAGAAGAUGGAAUUGCAGGGUUUGCCCUGCUCUUGCCCAAAAUUGAUGGAGUGACAGUCAAAUUCUUUCACCUGUCGAACAAAGAUUUGAACAAUAAUGUGUUUGAUCAAGAAAAACUGCAAGAAGCAGGCCUUCAGGAUAACCCUGAUUUGCGUGUCGUCUUCCUAUUUGGAUACAACACCUUUAAACCUGCAGCUGCCGACUUCAUUCAGCGUCUCACAAAAUCGUUCAAUGUGAGCAGCACUGUUGUUAUUGGGGGCCACAUUGACCAAGUGGUUUCGCCCAGUUCUGAAAGUAUUGACAUACGGCACAUGUACGGCUUUGUUGGCUUGUCAUUAAGUGGAAAAUCAAUCCAGGCAGCAUCUAUUCUCCUGGACGAGGAUGUAGAGACGCCCAAGAGCGCUGAAGCGGCAAUGCAGCGUCUCAAAGCGGCCAACAUACCCGAGGUCAACACAGUGGGAUUCAUGUUUGCGUGCAUCGGGCGGGGUCAGAACUAUUACUCCAGCAAGGAAAACGUGGAAGCAGACGCCUUCAGGAAGCAGUUUCCCAGCGUUCCAUUAUUCGGUUUCUUUGGAAACGGAGAAAUUGGCUGUGAUCGCAUUGUGACUGAAAACUUCUCUCUGAGGGAGUGUAGCAACUCUUCAGAUUGUGAUGAGUUGCUUCAUGGAUACACUACAGUGAUUGCGCUUGUCCAUCUGGGACCUGUAAAAUAAAAACCAGAAAAUCUUUUCAAGAGGCUCGAACAUUGGUCCCAUGGUAUGCAACGAUGCAUAGCUGUUGUGAGAUUGUCUUUGUCAUUUUGAAGAUAUUUGCACAAAGUUGUUCUACUGGACCAAGCAAAUUUGCAGAGUGGGUACAAAUAAUUCGGACUCUAAUGGCACAGUAUAGGGUCAAGUCACAUCUGCUGUAGAGGUGUGUCAACAUUUUUGAAUGGGAGGGGUCUGAUUAAAAAUAAACAGGCUCAUGUUUGAGCUAAGUGAUCUACUGAAACAAUUCUCUUAUGUCCCAAUAGAACAGGAGGUAAAACUAAGCUUUUGGAUGUUGUCAGUUUAAUUGAUUCAUAGUUUUUGACAUGGUUCUGAUUUUGCUCUUCAUUACACUGGAAUGCAGAACUAAUCAUGAAUAAACAAACAAUAUUUUUGGUGAUCCUUCCCAUGUAAUUUUUAAAACUUGUGAUUUUUUGUGACUUAAGGGAAAAUCUCAAACUUUCUGAACCAUUCCAAUAAAUCUGCUGGUUGAAUCUC